CACCCCAUUAUUGCUUCAUCUUCCUUUGUAGAAUACAUUCCUUUGACAAGCAGGUCGUGUGGGAUCUUCCUCCCAUCCAUUCAUUUCUUUCAUGCUUUCAAUCAAUAGAAAGUUCAAUUGCAAACCCUUUGAGAAAUUUAUUGGAAUUCAAUGAAAUCUAAGGUCUUACAGCUGCCAAAUAAAAGAGAAAAUAAAAAAUAGAUGUCUUCUUCUUUUAGGCGUAUACCAGAUGUCUGUGUCAGAAGCAGCUGUCCCAGGGGAGGAAGUAGGAAGAGUGAAGGCUAAAGACCCAGACAUUGGAGAAAAUGGCUUAGUCACAUACAAUAUUGUUGAUGGAGAUGGUAUGGAAUUGUUUGAAAUCACAACGGACUAUGAGACCCAGGAGGGCGUGGUGAAGCUGAAAAAGCCUGUAGAUUUUGAAACCAAAAGAGCAUACAGCUUGAAGGUGGAGGCUGCCAAUGUACACAUCGACCCGAAGUUCAUCAGCAACGGGCCCUUCAAGGACACUGUGACGGUCAAGAUCGCAGUAGAAGAUGCUGAUGAGCCCCCCAUGUUCUUGGCUCCGAGUUACAUCCAUGAAGUCCAAGAAAAUGCAGCCGCUGGCACUGUGGUGGGAAGAGUACAUGCCAAAGACCCCGAUGCUGCCAACAGCCCAAUAAGAUAUACAAUCGAUCGUCAUACUGACCUCGACAGGUUUUUCAGUAUUAAUCCAGAGGAUGGUUUUAUUAAAACUACGAAACCUCUGGAUAGAGAGGAAACUGCCUGGCUCAACAUCUCUGUCUUUGCAGCAGAAAUCCACAACCACCAUCAGGAAGCCAAAGUCCCCGUGGCCAUUAGGGUCCUUGAUGUCAACGAUAAUGCUCCCAAGUUUGCAGCCCCUUAUGAAGGCUUCAUCUGUGAGAGCGAUCAGACCAAGCCGCUUUCCAACCAGCCACUUGUUACAAUUAGUGCAGAUGACAAGGAUGACACAGCCAAUGGACCAAGAUUUAUCUUCAGCCUACCCCCUGAAAUCAUUCACAACCCAAAUUUCACAGUCAGAGACAACAGAGAUAACACUGCUGGGGUAUACGCUCGGCGUGGAGGGUUCAGUCGGCAGAAGCAGGAUUUAUACCUCCUGCCCAUCGUGAUCAGUGAUGGUGGCAUCCCCCCCAUGAGCAGCACCAACACCCUCACCAUCAAGGUCUGUGGCUGCGAUGUGCAUGGGGGGCUGCUGUCCUGCAAUGCGGAGGCCUACAUCCUGAACGCCGGGCUAAGCACCGGAGCGCUGAUCGCCAUCCUUGCCUGCAUCAUCAUCCUCUUGGUCAUCGUUGUGUUAUUUGUGACCCUGAGAAGGCAGAAGAAAGAACCACUUAUCGUCUUUGAGGAAGAAGAUGUCCGUGAGAACAUCAUUACCUAUGAUGAUGAAGGGGGUGGGGAGGAAGACACAGAGGCUUUUGACAUUGCCACCCUCCAGAAUCCCGACGGUAUCAAUGGAUUUAUUCCUCGCAAAGACAUAAAACCUGAGUAUCAGUACAUGCCCAGACCUGGACUCCGGCCAGCCCCCAACAGUGUAGACGUGGAUGACUUCAUCAACACGAGAAUACAGGAGGCAGAUAAUGACCCAACGGCCCCUCCGUAUGACUCCAUCCAAAUCUAUGGUUAUGAAGGAAGGGGUUCAGUGGCCGGGUCCUUGAGCUCCUUAGAGUCUGCCACCACAGAUUCAGACUUGGACUAUGACUAUCUACAGAACUGGGGACCUCGUUUUAAGAAACUAGCAGACUUGUAUGGUUCCAAAGACACUUUUGAUGAUGAUUCUUAACAAUAAUGAUACAAAUUUGGCCUUAAGAACUGUGUCUGGCGUUCUGAAGAAUCUAGAAGAUAUGUAAACAGGUAUUUUUUUAAUCAAGAAAAGGCUCAUUUAAAACAAGCAAUGUUUUACAGAGAGGAUACGUUUAAUAAAACUGCAAGGACAUCAAAGUGGUAAAUACUGUGAAGUACCUUUUCUUACAAAAAAGGCAAAUAUUGAAGUUGUUUAUCAACUUCGCUAGGAAAAAAAAACCACUUGGCAUACAAAAUAUUUAAGUGAAGGAGAAGUCUGACGGUGAACUUACAAUGAAGGGAAAUCGUUUCUGUGUUAUGAACAUCUAAGUCUUUCUUUCUUCUUCUCUUCUUUUUUUCUUUUUAAAUUUGUCAAAGAAGCUUCCACAAAAUUAGAAAGGACAACAGUUCUGAGCUGUAAUUUCGCCUUAAACUAUGGACACUCUAUAUGUAGUGCAUUUUUAAACUUGAAAUAUAUAAUAUUCAGCCAGCUUAAACCCAUACAAUGUAUGUACAAUACAAUGUAUAAUUAUGUCUCUUGAGCAUCAAUCUUGUUACUGCUGAUUCUUGUAAAUCUUUUUGCUUCUACUUUCAUCUUAAACUAAUACGUGCCAGAUAUAACUGUCUUGUUUCAGUGAGAGGCGCCCUAUUUCUAUGUCAUUUUUAAUGUAUCUAUUUGUACAAUUUUAAAGUUCUUAUUUUAGUAUACAUACAAAUAUCAGUAUUCUGACAUGUAAGAAAUGUUACGGCAUCACACUUAUAUUUUAUGAACAUUGUACUGUUGCUUUAAUAUGAGCUUCAAUACAAGAAGCAACCUUUGAAAUAAAAGAAAAAGAUUCUUUUUUAAUUCUGGUUUGAUUCUUAACAUUGAAAACUAAUUAUUUAGUCUUUCUAAUGCCCCAUUUAUAUUUCUAAUUUAAGAUAAUUGUGAUCUUGGAUUAAGCCUAUUUAUGAUCUGUUUGUAGCCUGUCCAUUGCUUUUAUUGUUUAUUUAAAAUCAAGUAGGUUUUACCAAUGUUUUUU